AUGACUGGUAAUGUUGAUUCAUUAACCCAUCUGAACAAGUUGAUUGAGUCUGAUCAUACUAGAGAUUUUUUUAAAGUUUUUGGUGAUGAUCCAGUUUGGAAACUAGUUGAGAAAAAUGAAAAUGGACGUGCUGUUAAAAUUUUUAAUCAACUCAGCGGACAUAUCUGGAAAUCAAAUACGAACAACCAGGAUAACAUUAUCCGAGUAGCUGCUAUGCUUUUCAUAAGUCGAGACGAUAAUCCACUGACGCAAGCACAGAAAACGACAUCGAAUUUGCUAAAACUAUUCAAAGGAAUGGAAUCGGAUACUCAGGAUAACGUAGAGGAAAUUCUGUUCAGUAUGACUCAAUUCAUGCCACCUCAUGUUUUUGAUUUUAUGUGGCAUGAAUUCAUAUCCGCUCGUGAGAAUAGGAAAUUAGCUUUAAUAUCGAUGAUGGCUACAUUGGCUAUAAGUGCAAGACAACACAUCCAACCUCUCGUUUGUCACUUCCAAAAAGUGCUCGCUGAUCCAAGAGUUAGUAUUGAUGUGAAAGUAGAAACUGUUAGAGCUAUCGCUAAUCUGGGAACUCAGAGAAAUAACAUUGUUGGAGAUGUUGUGCGUUUACCAAUUGAAAACCCACUCUUCUUCACUCUUGAAAGAUUACUCAUUACUGAGUAUAUGAAUCCUGAGAAAACUACUUAUUUCUUUCAACUAGCACGAAAUGUUUUGCUUAUAUUCUUUAAUUUGUCUAACGAUACAUCGACUUUAGUAGCUAAUUUGAUUAGAAAAAUUUUGAGAUUAACAAAAGAUGAUUGUGAGCAGAGUUUAACAUUUGGAAGAUCUCUCCGUGGAAAGCGGAGAAGAGAAAUUCGAAUUAAGAAUAGGAGUUUCUAUUAUAACAAUCUAAAUGUUGUGCAUGCCGAACGCAUCUUAGGUAUAAUUGGUGAGAUUGCUCUUCGUCUCGAUGUUUUCACGGAAAUGUGCAAACCAAAUAUAAAAAGGCGUUUUCCUAUGUUCACUUCGCAAUACCUAUCGAAAGAAUUGAAUAGCCCUGGUAACGCCAAAGUGAACAUCACUGAACUGGAAUAUCGUUACGUCAGACGUAUUGGUGAACUUCCAUUGAUGGUUGCUAGAGACUCAGAAGAGCUUGAUAAUAUGAGAUUUUUUGAAUACAAAAGAAGACUUGAGCAUAGAGAGAAAAUUGAAUUUGAAAUAAUCGUGCCUCAUUUCUUGCCUUUCGUGAAGGGCAUAAUGCAAACUGAUAACAUUACAACUGUUAAAGUUGCUUCGUAUAUUGCUAUUUCGAAGCUUAUGCUACUUGGUCGCGAAUUGGCUUAUGAUCUAGCUCCUCUUUACUUUUCCAUUCUACAAUCGGAGCAUCAGACAUCUAGGAAGAAUUUCCUGAUCUCAAUUGCUGAUGUAUGUUUCCGUGUUCCUGAGAUCGUUAGAAGUCAUGCAUCAGAAAUUUAUGCAAUGGUUCUUGACAAGGACAUGAGUACUAAAGUUACCUGCAUUGUCGUUGUUUCACAUUUGGUUAGAUUCAGUCGUUUAGAUGUUACUGAAGAAGCCACCGAAUUCGCGAAGUGUCUUCUUCAUGAAAAUGAACUCAUCAGAAGUAUAACAGGUUCAUUUUUUGCCAAUAUUGAGAAAUUGUGUAUGGAACCUUUAGUUCCAAUGAUAUUAGGUAGACUUGCUAUGAAACAUUUCAAUAUGGAAAAAUAUAGACAACUCUUAGCUGUUCUUUUCAAUUAUGUAUCUAAAGGAAAAUCCAGCGAGAUUCUCAAACAUAUGUUUGACGAGUUUGAACUUCUCAAAGGAAUCGCGAAAACUGUUAAGAAUGAGAAAGUUCCCGAGUAUCUUUCUCUUUGCAUUUCGCAACUUUACCUUUCCAAGAAUGCUAUGCGAGAGCUUCGCGCUAAAAUUCAUACCUAUCGUCCUUUCUUGAAGAGCAAACGUUUCUUAUAUCAUAUUAUCUUAGCUCUUCAGCGUUUAAUAAAAACGACUCAUAAAACUGAAUUAGCGGACGAAGCUAAAGCUCUUCAAAGAGAUCUUCGAGCAAUUCAUAAACAAAUCGUUAAUAAUACUGACAAUUCCGAUUCAUAUGAUGAAUCAUUUAUAAUCGAGUUUAACUUGAAAAUGAACACAAUAUGCUUAGAAGCAGAUAGUAAUGAUAACACAGACAUCUCUCGUCCUACUCCUCUUCCUGCUUGCCAGUAA